AGACCAAUGCGUAGCGGGGGUGAACCUGCCGUGGCAGCGAUGGGACGAGCACGGAGAAAUGACAGCUUGUGCAGGAAUUUAGGCUGAACCGCAUCCCAUCACACAGAGAGGGAACCGCAACUGUCGAGCUCGGUCGAACUAUGUGACAGCUGGCAUUUCUUCUUUCCCUCCCCUUCAGAGGCGUUUGGCUGUAUAUAUUUUUCUUUUAUUUAUUUUUAAAAUUUAAAAGCAUGGAUCCGGCGAAAUGGGUGCUAAAGUUGACCCGGCGGUGUCCUCUGGAUGUUGCGGCGCUGCUCCGUCUCCAACUCGACUAGAUCUCAGCCGCUUGUGGAAAUGCUCCUGCCUCUCUCUUGUGGGACGGUGAAAUAAUUUGCAGCUAUACAAGUGGAGGUGGAAGGGGGGGAAGAGGAGAAAUAUAACGGGAGCGGACGUGGAGGAGAUAAAGGAAUUACCUCUCUGACCGAAGAACUGUGUGUGUGUGUGUGUGUGUGUGUGUGUGUGAGUGAGUGAGUGAGUGAGAGAGCCGCCGAUCACUCUGAAUCUCUCCAGGAUCUCGCCCCUGCUGAAGACACCGGAGACUUUCCGGUGCACAAUUUCAUAGGUAGACUUCUUUUUUUUUGCAUGUUGUUUUUGUCCGGUUAUAAAUAGACCACAAUUCAUGCAGCUGCACCGCAUGAACCCUUAAUCCGCACAUGUUGUAUUGACGUAAAAACCCGUUCUGAAAUGGUAAAUUACACUUUUUUUCAUUCUGAUGAACUGAGGCUAUUGCGGAUUAAAUGGACACUAGACAGCUCUGCUCAGUGUGAGCUGCCAUUUGUCGUUUAUAACUGUCCGGCUUAACAUUUUUUUUUCUGAGUAUGAUUUGUCAACAGCUGGAUACUCUGACGCUUUAAACGUUAGAUAACAGUGUAGAAUUUGGCCUGUAACGAAAUAAAAGAACCGCACAAAGGACAACACGACGCCAAAAUGUAACAUUAGUCGUUUUUGUUAAUUAUUUAGCCCAUAAUUAACUCGAACCUUUUACGCGCAGCUUUUCCACAGGAUACAUGUGGCCAGAAGUCAUUUUUGCGUUAGAGCGCAUUUCGGAGGCAGUGACUUGUGUCUUGACAGCAUGAAAACAUCAGUGCACGGAUAAGGAAAAGUUAUUGCACCUGCACUUGUUUGGUGAAGUUGCUCUUACAAACCGGAAAGCAUGCGCUCUACACAUGUGAAGAUUUUCUAAUCCGGUCUUUUUCUUCUUCUUUUUCCUUUCUGAAAGUGGGUUUGGAUCAGAGAUGCAUGGCUUUUUUUUGAGAGACAGUCUGCUGUAAAUAAGCAGUUUAUAUUCCGACCUCUGGACGUUGUUGUGGAUUGUGUUGCUGUUUAAUGCAAUGGGCUGUAUCCAGAGUAUCAGGUGUAAGCCUAAGAGUUUCCGAGACAGUAUCAUCGUCCUGGAGGUGAACACUUGCAUCGAUUCCAACCCCACCAGCAUCGACGAGUCAAACAGCGUGGUCCUGCGCUACCGGACGCCUCACUUCCGAGCUCACGCCCAGGUCCUGGUGCCGCCAGUGGCCGGCCAGGAGACAUGGACCAUCGGCUGGAUUCAAGCGUGUAAUCACAUGGAGUUCUACAAUACGUAUGGAAACAAAGGGAUGUCAAGUUGGGAGCUCCCCGAUCUGCGUGAUGGAAAGAUCCAGGCCAUCAGUGACUCGGAUGGUGUCAACUACCCAUGGUACGGCAACACCACGGAGACCUGCACCGUGGUAGGCCCCACCAAGAAGGACAGCAAGUUCACCGUUAGCAUGAAUGACAAUUUCUACCCCAGCGUGACCUGGGGCGUGCCGGUCAGCGACAGCAAUGUGCCUCAGCUUAGCAGCAUCCACCGCGACCAGAGCUUUACGACCUGGCUAGUGGCCAUCAACCAGGCCACCUCAGAGACCCUUGUCCUGCAGACAAUCCGCUGGAGGAUGCGGCUUCACAUCAGAGUGGACCCGGACCAGCCUCUGGGUCAAAGGGCCGUUUUGAAUGAGCCCGUGGCCCAGGAACAGCCCCAGAUCCUGGGCAAGAAUGAGCCCAUCCCCCCCAAUGCCAUGGUCAAGCCCAACGCCAAUGACGCCCAGGUGCUGAUGUGGCGGCCAAAGAAUGGUGACCCCGUUGUGGUCAUCCCACCCAAAUACUGACCUGUUUCACUGACCAGACUCGCCUUGGAUACUUCAACAGUAUCAUUCUCUAUUUGUUCUCUUCCCUUCGUUCCUGCUCUUCACCAGCUCUCACUGCUUUAACCCUUUUUUGACAUAAAUUUUCUUAUGUUUUUUUUUUUUGCCUCUUUACUCUUCUCUCUUAUGUUUUAACACAACCGACGGAGAGGAAAAUAGGCAGACACAAAUUAAACCAGCUCUGAGAAAAAGACCAGCUGUUGCUAUGAGGGUGGGGGCUAGUUGAACAUAAUUUUAAAACUGGAGUGAACAAACUGCAACCAUUCUACCUUCAUACUGGGUCGGGUCUCACUGUGCUAAAUGAAGUCACUGCAAAAAUGAAAAACAAGGGUAUUUCUUUGGGGGUUUUUUUAAGUUGGAAUUUUAUAUUUUGGCUGUUUCGGGCCGAGUAAUACGAGGUUUGUGAUUGGUGGAGUUAAGAGUAUUUACAUGACCAUGUCUGCGCACAUGCUACAUGCACAAGCGUUGUGUUCAAAUACCAGUUGUGUUUUUAUUUAUGGGUUGGAAGAGAGUGCAUUUAAUUGUGUUUGUUUGUUGCUGUUGUUGUUGCUGUCAUGUGCUUCACAUGGCAGAUUUGCAUUGGGUGAUAUACUAGAUUUUUAGUACUUUUUAAAAAACAUGCAAGACAUUCAAUCCAUGCUGCCUUACGUUUACAUCGCUUUCCACUUCAAACUUUUUAGCCUUAAACAAAGUGCAAUGCAGUAUUUUUGCUCAUUUGUCUCAUCUCGUCCAAAAACUGUUGGUGCUGGCAUGUGUGGGUUUAGGACAGGAGGAGCAACACCACAGAAGAAGAAGAGCCGGGUCUAAAAUUUAGGCUUUUUUUAUGUUCAGUUGCAUUUACUUGACAAAUGUAUUGUCUAACAAGUACAACCAGCAUUUAUGUCUAGACACAGUUAUACAAGAUGAACUAGUUGUGCAUUUAUGCAACAGAAGAGAUGCUCUGUGCAGAUGGACAUACAGAGAACAUCAGUAAAGCCAACCCACGUCAAUAGCACUCAGCACAUUAAACUAUACGUGCAAUAACAACUUGAGCAAAAGGUACUUGAAAGCACUUCUCAGUUAACCUCAUUUCAUUCACUUUAUUCUAUUUAGAGGCAGCCGUAGCAUUCUACAUCAGAAAACAUGUUUUCCUUUCUCUGUAUCACUCCAUCUCAGGGCACCUUUUCACUUCCUUCCCUUCUCUUUUAUUCUAUCCAUCCCAUCUUGCCACAGCAACUAAGUGUUGCUCACAUCGAGCAAUUAAUACUUUUAUUAAUAAGCAGUCACAGACAGGGGAAAUAACUUUUAAUAACUGGAGUAUAAAAACAGCAGGAUCUCUGCUGCUCGCAAUCUUUUGUCAUCCGCUCGUCUUGACAAUCAUACACACUGUAUUUAUUAUUGUUGCCUUCCUUUAAACCAUCCCCUUUCUUCCUAUAAUAUUAAAAUCAAAACAUGCCUGUGUCUCAUGUUAACUGAUAGCAUUUGCUACUUUUCUGUCCCUUUCCCUCAGUCGUCUGUAAUCUUCAUCUACGCCAGUAUUCCCCCUCCCACUCCUCCUUUCCUCUCGCUCUUUAUCUGUUGUCGAGGCUGAAAAGCAGAGCAGGAGGCAUGCAAGUUUGAUCCCAACUGCUCGGUUGGCAUAUAGAUGACCCACUUCUCUGCUUUGCCAGUUGUAGCUCUUGCUGCAGAAAUGUGGGGCUUGUCUCCCUUUAUUUCACCGCCAGCAAAUGUGAGACACACACACACAUAAACAAACAGCUCUGGUCAGCUAAAUACCAACAUUAAAUGAAAUAAUGCUAAUUUAAAUGUUAAUCUUUGAGCGUGGCUUCAACUGCAAAACUCUGCCUUUUCAUUAAUGUGGUAAUGAGCUCUGUAAGAGUUUGUUCUGUUAAAGGCCAGUUUUUUUUUGUUGUUUUUUUCACUUCCAAACAUUUUUGCAAGUUCACUGUGCUCACCAAGUCCCGGUGUUUUGGCUCCAACCAGAAAAAUAAUUUGCAUGCAAGUCUGAUCUGCUCAUGUAUUUCACAAAGAUUUGUAAGCUGCUACAGUUUCAGUGUAUCAGCAUCCUCUUACUUCUUACUGAGCAAAGCCUUCAGCCUUCAGGCUUGGUUCAGGCCACAUUUCUUUUCUUUUCUUCUUUUUUGGGAUACUCUGUUCAUUCUACCAUUACAAAACAGAAUUACUGUGUGACUUAACUCAGUAGCACCUAGAACUGGCUGAUAGUUCUACUAAAACCUUAAAGGAAUAGUUCAACAUUUUUAGAAAACAUGCUUACUUGCUUUGUUGCUAAGGUUUGGAAGAUUGAUACCGCUCUCACAUCUAUCCUAUCAAAACUGAAACACCCAAAAUAUUUAAAUAUUUAUUUAACCAUGAGUCAAAUACUUCUCAAUGUCAAUGCUAGCUCAGUAGAAUGACAACCUUAUACUCCCGUCUUUGGAGAAUUAACUAGCUAAAGGCUCCAUUUAGAGCAAUGUAGUACAAGUCAAAUACUAUAUAGCUGAACCAGUGCUCAAAGAUCAACUCUCUUCAUACCAUAUUUUAAUUACACUCUAAGCCCAUACAUGGCUACACCAGAUACUGCUGCUCAGCUUGGCUCAUGUGUAACCUCUGCUAAGGGCUGAGUCACAGGGCAUCGCGGUGAUGGGAGAAGGAGAAGAGAAGAGGCUAGCUGGGGGACUUGCUGUCAUAAUUAGAUCCGUGGUGACACACUUACAUGCCCUAGAUGAACGGAACCGCGCCGAGUCGCGCAGCGCAACACGAGUGGCUAGCUGGAGUCAUGGGUGAGGCUUAAGUGAGGUCAAAUAGCAAAGGUCAGGGGCAGCCUGUCUGUGCAAGAAGGGCUGUCACGCUUCAAAAACUGAACUAUAGACAGUCCAGUGGCUGUGGGGUGAGGUGGGGGGAUGAGUAUGAAGGGGACAACAAAUUGAAUCCACUUAGAACACUGGCUCAUGCUAUGAACUCGGUGACCUUUCACCUAACAUCGCAUGGUGUCAUUUUUGUAUCGCGGACCGCCUCGUAAUGUCUUGCGAUGACCUAUGGUUACGGCGGAUUGUAUUCAAGCUGGACUACAUGUAAUUUAAUUAAACCUUGACACGCAUUGGUUCGCACACGUGUGUGUGUGUGCGUGUGUGUGUUAAAUGCCAUUGCAAGGAUUUAGGGAGGAUGAGGAGUUUCACUGCUGUUGUUGAGUCAUUCUCUCACUCUCUCUCUCACACACACACACACAAACACACAGUGCACAGAAGGUUAUGUCCUUGUCAUAAAACAGGGACAGAGCUUGCCCUUAAAAACAUACACUCACUCACACACUCACACACACACACACACCCUGAGGGGAAAGGAGCAGGCCUGGCGUGGUAUCUGAUUGUCACAGCAGUGUCACAUUGGCAGUGUGAACUCAUUUAUCAGCUCUGCACGUGGACUGUCUGAAUACAUGCACAUGCUACAAAGCCAUAUGCAAAAACACACCUGUCUACUAAUAAACAGGCAAUGGUAUAUGUAUCUCUUUUGUUGAUAAACUAGAGUGAGGACAUUUUUUAUGUGAAAAAGAAAUGGAAGUACAGAGGCCACUGAGUGGGUGCCUGUUAAACUAACAACAAAAGGGCACUAAUUGUCUUCUCUGUGUGUGUGUCUGAAUCUGUUGACUUUGUGUUAAUGAUGUGUAUUUUACAUUAACACCACAGAAAGACUUCAUACAUGCUUUAUGUGCUUCCUAAUCUAAGCCACAGAAAAACAAAAUCGCACAUUGUUUGUUUGGUGUAUGGAAGGCAAAAAGUGCCAAAAUUGGAUAAAGCCAAAACUAUGCAGUAUAAUAUAGUUAGUAACUUGUGAAUUUAAAAACCUCUUGGCACUUAAUAAUAGGCCUAUUUUCAGUUGUUUUUGAUCAUUAAAUGCAUUUAGCGUAUUUGUAUUUCCAGAGAAACAUCACAAAUGCAAAAUGUAGCCAUGUGGGACAUUGUUUGUUGUAGCGUUUUCUGCUUGUACAGCUGUGCCAAGUGAUCAAAAGCCUCCUCUCCUAAACCCACGCCAUUACAGUUCUUCUGAGGGCUGCUACGUUUGAUUCAGCUCUUUAUGUAGUUAUUUAAACCCCUGUGAGACAUCCCUUUAUUUAAACCAAUAUAUCAUCCCAAGUUCACACUCAGGAUCACCUGCCUUCAUUUCCUCCCCAUGAGAAAGAAAAAUUGGUGUUCCACAAGUCACUUCAUCUCGCUCUUCUCCUUAUUUCAGAAAUUAAAUGACAUAAAUCCAUUGUAGUACAUGUAGUACAUAAGAUACUAUGAACAACUAUGUGUGUUUCUCAUUUUGUUUGGUUUGUUUUCUGGAAAUACAGCACUGAAAUAGUUAAUGCAAUAUGUGUUCUUUUGUUCAGCUUUGACUUUUACACCAAUACUUGAAAAUGGGUCAGUUCUGGCAAAUAUUUAAAACUGUGAAAAUGCACAACACUGGGGAAACAAUCCCAGAAAAAAUAUAUAUAAAAAAGGUCUUUUUCAUGAAUAAAUAAAAUGUACAAAUGUUA